UAGACGGCCCUUUUCCCCGUCCGUCCGCGGGCCUCGCCGGUGUCCGCCGCGCCGCUUUGGCGGUCCUCCAUCGGGCGAGAUGGGGUUUGUCAAAGUUGUCAAGAAUAAAGCCUACUUCAAGAGGUACCAAGUGAAAUUCAGGAGAAGGCGAGAGGGAAAGACUGAUUACUAUGCUCGCAAACGCUUAGUAAUUCAGGAUAAAAACAAGUACAACACGCCGAAGUACAGGAUGAUCGUCCGUGUCACCAACAGAGAUAUCAUCUGUCAGAUUGCGUAUGCCCGCAUCGAGGGUGACAUGAUCGUCUGUGCAGCUUACGCCCACGAGCUGCCCAAGUACGGCGUGAAGGUUGGCCUGACGAACUACGCCGCGGCCUACUGCACCGGACUGCUGCUGGCCCGCAGGCUUCUUAACCGAUUUGGCAUGGACAAGAUCUACGAGGGCCAAGUGGAAGUGACUGGUGACGAAUACAACGUGGAAAGCAUCGACGGAAAGCCUGGCGCUUUCACGUGCUACCUAGAUGCGGGCCUUGCCAGAACUACCACUGGAAACAAGGUCUUCGGAGCCCUUAAAGGAGCAGUGGAUGGUGGCCUGUCUAUUCCUCACAGUACCAAACGCUUCCCCGGCUACGACUCGGAGAGCAAAGAGUUCAACGCCGAAGUCCACCGCAAGCACAUCAUGGGCCAGAACGUCGCGGAGUACAUGCGGUACCUCAUGGAAGAAGACGAAGACGCCUAUAAAAAGCAGUUCUCCCGGUACAUAAAGAACAAUGUAAACCCAGACAUGAUGGAGGAGAUGUAUAAGAAGGCCCACGCGGGUAUACGGGAGAAUCCAGUCUACGAAAAGAAACCCAAGAAAGAAGUUAAAAAGAAGAGGUGGAACCGCCCCAAAAUGUCCCUCGCUCAGAAGAAAGAUCGCGUGGCUCAGAAGAAAGCGAGCUUCCUCCGUGCCCAGGAGCGCGCAGCCGACAGCUAAAGCCGUGCGGCCCGCCGUUCGCUCUGGGGAUUUUCAAUAUGAGAAUAAAUUUAUUGAACCAGAAA